AUGAGUUCCAUUACGCGCAUGUCCCCGCUAGACCUGCUGGAUCUGAAUUUGACCAACCUGGACCCAUUGACCGAAAACUAUGAUCUCGGCUUCUACCUCAACUACCUGACUAAAUGGCCGUCACUGUUCAGCACGGUGAAAGACCGAGAUGCGGGCGUCGUGGGCUACAUCAUGGGCAAACUCGAAGAACAACACCCCUCCAUGAGGCACUCAGAACACUACACCCCGUGGCAUGGCCAUAUCACCGUCUUGACCGUUGCGCCGGCCUGGCGCCGACUCGGAUACGCCAGUCGCUUGACCGAGCAGCUGGAGCAAGGGUCUGACAUCAAUAAGGCCUGGUUCGUGGAUCUGUAUGUUCGCGCAGGGAACAAGGUAGCGGUGGAUAUGUAUAAGGGCAUGGGAUACUCGGUCUUCAGACGAGUCGUGAGCUACUACAGUGACGAUCCAUCGGGUAUGUCAGAAACUGGCGAAGAUGCGUUCGAUAUGCGCAAACCGUGUACUCGGGACAAAAAGUUAGAGCAUGUGCGCGACAAGGGCGAGGAGUUCCUUGUGAACCCGGAGGACGUCUCAUGA